AUGCCCACCAAGACCAAGCCAUUCUUCCAACUCCACCCGGCCCCCUUCAAACCCUCGUACUUGUCUCUUCCCCCUUCCCCUUUCUCUCCGCCCACCCCUCUCCCUCUCUUUAACCCACCUCCGCCCCACACCCUCACAUUCCCCACGCCCUCGACGCCCUCCCCGCCACCUCUCCCCCUCCAAUGGCUCUGGCAGUGCCAUCGGUGCCGCCGCACCUAUUCACUCGGCGUGACCCGGCGGUGCCUAGAGGACGGCCACACAUUUUGUGCGGGAGGCGUGACAGAGGUGAAGAGCUGGCGGAGGCCGCUGCGGGCCGUGCGGGUGCGGAGGCAUCGGGCGUGCGCAAGUGAGUUUGACUAUAGGGGUUGGAAGACCUGGGGGCGUUGGAAGAGGAGUGGGUACGGGAGGAAGGAUAGUAUCUAUGGAGAUGAGGAGUGUUUCCCCAGUUCGUCUCCAUCAGAAGGUUCCAUCGAGGACAGCCAUGUUUCAAUGGCCAUCACCGCGAGCAUGACGCGGUCUCGGACUCCUCGGAAAGACUGCUGGAACACCUGCGACUACCCCUCCGAGUGCCGCUGGGGCAAGCAAUUCGGCGUGCACACAUCCCUCGAAUCAGUCGUCACUCUGCCGCCGAUCGAGCCCCUCCUACCACCUCCGCCCACCGAGGGUAUCGUCAAGCCAGACAACUGUAAGGAGGUGAAGCAAGAUAAGAAAGACAAGACGGACUUUUGGGGCGCGCUGAUCGCGAGUGCAACAAGCCGGAAGAGCGUGCCGCCGUCAUGUCCGCCGGCGAGUAACAUCGAUAUAGGCGGCGAGAAAGCGGAUUAUGCAACGGUGAGUGAUAAAGAUGGGGGUGUAAUAAUGGGCAACGGGGAUUUGGAACUCUAG